AUGUUCUUCAGCGUGCUCACGGUUUUCUGUACCACGGGCACAUUCAUGUACAGUGUGGGUGAUGCGGAUAACCUGAGCAAGAACACCAUCUGCCGUGCAAUCCGCAAGGUAGUGAUGGCGAACUGAACACACUUAAAUGCAUUUGUAGUGUUCCCAGGGCACUUGCCCACGCAGACAAUCAAAAAGGGCUUUUAUGAAAUAGCAGGCUUCCCGAGGGUAAUUGGUGCCAUCGAUUGCACCCAUAUCCCCAUUUCUACAUCGCUGGGGGAGAAUGAAGGCGAUUUCAUUAAUCGCAAAUCAUACCACAGCAUCAACAUUCAGAUGACUUGUGACCAUAAAUGUCUGGUUACCAGCAUUGAGGCAAAGUGGCCUGGGUCUGUCCAUGACUCCCGGAUCUUCAGGGAGUCUGCACUGUGCCACAGAUUAGAGUAAGGGCUCUUUAGUGGAGUGCUGGUAGGGGACCGAGGGUACGCCUGCCAGCCCUUUCUGAUGACCCCCUAUCCUGACCCGAACACAGGGCCACAGAAUGCUUAUAAUGUGGCACUCAGCAGAACAAGGGUCAGGAUCGAAAUGACCUUUGACAUAAUCAAAGCACGCUUCAACUGCCUGCGUGGCCUUUGAGUGGCCCCAGACUGGGCUUGUCAAAUUGUGACAGCCUGUGUCGUGCUCUACAAUGUGGCCACAAUAAGAAAGAAGAGAGCCCCACGUCUGAAGCAACCCCCAGAUGUGUUAGACCCCCUCACCCUUGACUACCCUACUGGCAGGGCCGUGAGAGAGGCUAUAACAGAGAAGUUUUUUGUUUAA